UUUUUUUUUUCUUCAUCUUUCUCAUCUCUUCAUCUACCCUCUUGCAUCAUCUGUUCAUCAUUCAUUAGCAUCAUCUCUUCAUUCCUAACGAAUUCAUUUAUAUUAUACUUCUAAUAAUAUCUGCAUCAUGCCUACCGCAAGUAGUCUUGGCCUCACGGAGCGCCAGGCGGUCAUCCUCACCGUCUCUUUUUACAUGGUCACAGCUUUGAUCAUGGUCAGUUGUAACAAGUGGGCAUUGAAUACACUCCAAUUGCCAUGGUUGCUAUUGUGGUGCCAGAUGUUGAUCGCUGUCUUGUUGCUCAAGGCCACAGAUGCUGCAGGGAUGUUAAAGAUGCCCCAUAUCAGGACAGAUGUCUCCAAAGCAUUGAUUCCUUUGAUCUCCAUCAAUGUUCUCGGAUUGGGCGUAAAUACCCUCUGCUUGGUUUAUGUCGAUACUUCAUUUUAUCAGAUUGCUCGUGGGCUGGUUUUACCCUUCACUGUGAUUUUUGCGUACAUUCUCUUGGGUCAGCCAUCAUCCAAGAUGGUUUUGGGUUCUUGCUUCAUCGUCUUCUGUGGAUUCUACACUGGAGUAACCACGGAGCUCAAUGUAUCUCAGUUGGGCGUCUUCUUUGGUAUUGUUUCCUCUAUCACCACUUCCUUGCAUGCAAUCGUCAUCAAAAAAUCCUUGGGCGCUGUCAACAACUCUUCAAUCGAUCUGGUCUACUACAACAACUUCUUGUCACUCUUGGUGACCACCCCAAUCGUCUUCUUGAGUGGUGAGGUUACCCUGGUACUUGAGCGAUUAGAGGAUGCGGGCUUCCAGGCUUUCCACAGCUUCUUGGCUGCUGCCUUGGUCACCGGUAUCUUUGGUUUCUUGGUCAACUUGGCUGGAUUCAUGCAAAUUUCAAAAACCUCGCCCACCACACAUAUGAUCUCAGGCGCCGUUCGUGGAGUAUUGCAAACACUAUUGGGAUACUUUGCUUUCGGCGAUAUCAUCACCUCGGGUCGUUUGAUGGGCAUUGUAUUAAUUCUGAGCGGAGGUGCUUUAUAUACCUGGGCCAAGGAUAAGGAGAUGCAGGCCAACGCCAAACCAACUUAUAUUCCCAUGACUCAGCAGGAUGUCGACCAUGAUGAUGAUGAUGGUGACAGAAACCAUGCUGGAAAGGCUUAAAGAUAAAAGCGUUGCAAAAGAUCAAAACCAGUAAUACGCUUAUCAUCAAUAGACAACUAUUUCU